GAGGCUACUAUACGAGAAAAUCAAAAGCAAAUAUCGAGGUGUAUCAACAAAAGUUAUAAAAGUCCUGUGAGACCAUCAACUGGAUCAAUGAGCAUGCCAAGACCACUUCGAUACAUCUUGGAAGUGCUGUGUGUUGCAUGUUUUUACCUAGUAGCCUUGACUGGAGGUUGUCAUAUCCAAGGUUUAGCCUUCGUCCUUUUGCUUUUUACUAGAGCAUGGCCUAUUGUUGUGAUCUAUGUGGGAUGGUACAUGUUUUUUGAACGCAACACCCCAAAACAAGGGGGUAGACCUCGUAAGGACUUCAUGAUCAAACUGCCAUUAUUCAAGUUGAUGAAGGAUUACUACCCAAUAACUCUUGAAAAGACAUCUGAGCUGGACCCCCAAAAGAACUACAUUUUGGGGUACCAUCCACAUGGGUUAAUCAGUGAAGGUGCAGUGGUUGCAAUUCAAUCGGAUGCUCUUAGAUUCAGAGACAAGUUUCCUGGAAUAGAACCACAUAUGACAGUUCACUCAUUUCUUCUGAAAGCUUUUCUGUACAGAGAUAUCCUGAUGAGUCUUGGAUUUGUAGAUGUCAGCAAAGACUCACUAAAGUAUGCCCUCACUAAACUAGGACCAGGCCAUUCAGUGAUUUUAGUUGUUGGUGGUGCGGCAGAGAUAGCUGAUUGUCAUCCAGAUGUCUAUCGUUUAACUCUGAAGAAUCGCAAGGGGUUUAUCAGAGUGGCGCUAGAAACAGGUUCCUCGUUGGUACCAGUGUUGGGGUUUGGUCAGAAUAAUAUCUACUCACAUGUAUGGAAGGGCCCUGGAACAUUGUAUUGGCAUCUACAACAUUGGUUAAAUGAAACCACAGCUCAGUAUUGGUUUAGAUUUUCUUUCUACUGCUGCUAUGGCUUUCUGGGGGUACUGCCUUGGCAUACACCUAUAAAUGUUGUUG